AUGAUCAUGCUACCGUUCCUGUGCAUGAUGUUAGCAACACACUGGGACCCAUAUGAAUAUGCUCAUUCUCUUUCCUAUAAUUUCACCACUGAUCCUCGGCCCAGAGUUGAUCAGCCAUGGUGUGAGUUUCGAGGAGAAGGUGAUCAAAAGAUCUUUCUCUCCUAUGACUGUGGUAGAGCUCAGAUCAAGUACCUUAGUCCACUGGGAGAGGAAGUGAAAAGCAUGAGCGCCUGGGAAACACAGACUGACACACUCAGAGACACUGGAGACUUGCUCCAGGAGCAGAUGCCUGACGUUACACCGGAGAAACACACAGACAAGGGACCUCUCACCCUGCAGGCCAGGAUGACAUGCUGGCGUGAAGGCAAUGGACACACCAGUGCAUCCUGGGAGUUUGGCUUCAAUGGGCAACUGUGCCUCCUCUUUGAUUCAAAGAAUGGAUUCUGGACAAUGGUUCAUUCUAAAGGGAGGCGGAUGAAAGAGAAAUGGGAGAACGACAGGGUUGUGUCGGACUUCUUCAGGACGGUCUCCAUGGGAGACUGUCAGUCCUGGCUUCGGGAUUUUAUGGUGUGCUGGGAGAAAAUGUUGAAGACCUCAGCAUCACUGACCACGGGGCCCCCUACAGUGAAGUCCUUGGCCGCAGCCAUCAAGCACAUCACCUGGAUCCUCCCCGUGCUCCUCACCAGUUUUGUCAUAACUGUCUUCCAGGGCUGA